UAUUGUCCCUCUGUCUCGAUCAAAUGCUCUUGGCAUUUUUCCAUUGCGCCAACUGGAAGUGCUUUCGAAAAAUAAUUCCACUAGCAUGAUACUCAUUGAGUGACCCGUGAUGUACUACGUAUUCUCAGCGUCUCACACCUCCUGCGUUUCGUCUUUAAUCUAACCGGAGUGCACACAUCAAGUAUGCAAUUAAUUAAUGCACGCGAAAGAAGACUGACUCAGAUGGAGAACAACGUUUUGGUUUAGUGUUGGUCAUCCGUUUAAUUAUCCUCCAACUCACUUUGGACAAAUCGGAUUGCAUUAGUUGCAAUUGGUUCUUCUUCAGAGAGGCUAAUUAGUGUGACAAAUCGAUCCCGAUUGCUGGUACACGAGCUGCCAUGGAAGGCUGUAUGCCGAGCGAUGCAAACUACGCGCCGCUCACCCCGGUGAGCUUCUUGGAGCGCGCCGCCGUCGUGUACGGUGACCGCACGGCCGUCGUCUCUGGCGGCAGGGAGUACUCGUGGCGCGAGACGCGGGAACGGUGCCUCGCUGGGGCGUCCGCGCUCGCGCGCCUCGGCGUCGGCCGCCGGGACGUGGUAACUUUGUACUUGGUGCCAAUUCAGCUCUCAACAAGACAUGGGUUAAUUGCUGGUCAGGUCGCCGUCAUCGCAGCGAACAUUCCGGCGAUGUACGAGCUGCACUUCAGCGUGCCGAUGGCCGGCGGCGUGCUCUGCACGCUGAACACCCGGCACGACGCGGCCAUGGUGUCCGUCCUUCUCAGACAUUCGGAGGCCAAGGUUUUCCUCGUCGAAUCGCAGUUCCUCGCCGUCGCCCACGACGCCCUGAGGCUGCUCGCCGAUGCUAAAGCCAAAUUUCCCCUUGUCAUCGCGAUCUCCGACACCGGCGACAGCAGCAGCAGCGACGGUGGCGGGCUAGAGUACGAGGCGCUUCUGAGGGACGCGCCGCGGGGCUUCGAGAUCAGGUGGCCGGCCGACGAGCGCGACCCGAUAUCGCUCAACUACACGUCGGGGACGACGUCGAGGCCGAAGGGCGUCAUCUACAGCCACCGCGGCGCGUACCUGAACUCGCUGGCCGCGCUGCUCUGCAACGACAUGACGUCCAUGCCGGUGUACCUCUGGACCGUGCCCAUGUUCCACUGCAACGGGUGGUGCAUGGCGUGGGCCACGGCGGCGCAGGGCGGGACGAACAUCUGCGUCAGGAACGUCGUGCCCAAGGUCAUCUUCGAGCAGAUCGUGCGCCACGGCGUGACCAACAUGGGCGGCGCGCCCACGGUGCUCAACAUGAUCGUGAACGCGCCGGCGUCGGAGCGGAGGCCGCUGCCGAGGAGGGUGCUCAUCUCGACGGGCGGCGCGCCGCCGCCUCCGCAGGUGCUGGCCAAGAUGGAGGAGCUCGGUUUCAACGUCCAGCACGGGUACGGCCUCACCGAGACGUACGGGCCGGCGACGCGGUGCGUGUGGAGACCCGAGUGGGACGCGCUGCCGCUCGCCGAGCGCGCGCGGAUCAAGGCGCUCCAGGGGGUGCAGCACCAGAUGUUGCAGGACGUCGACAUCAAGGACCCGGUGACCAUGGCGAGCGUGCCGUCCGACGGGCGCGCCGUCGGCGAGGUCAUGCUCCGCGGCAACACGGUCAUGAGCGGGUACUACAAGGACGCGGCGGCCACGGAGGAGGCCAUGCGCGGCGGGUGGCUGCGCACGGGCGACCUCGGCGUGCGCCACCCUGACGGGUAUAUCCAGCUCAAGGAUCGCGCCAAGGACAUCAUCAUAUCGGGCGGCGAGAACAUCAGCUCGAUCGAGGUGGAGUCGGUGCUGUUCGGCCACCACGCGGUGCUCGACGCGGCGGUGGUGGCGAGGCCGGACGACCACUGGGGCGAGACGGCGUGCGCGUUCGUCACGCUGAAGGACGGGGCAAGCGCGACGGCGCACGAGAUCAUCGCGUUCUGCCGUGCGCGGCUGCCGCGUUACAUGGCGCCGAGGACGGUGGUGUUCGGCGACCUGCCCAAGACGUCGACGGGGAAGACGCAGAAGUUCUUGCUCCGGGAGAAGGCCAGGGCCAUGGGAAGCCUGCCUAUGCAAAGCAAAUCCAAGUUGUAGUCUUGUACUAUUGUACUAGCUGCGAUUGGUUUUGCUGCCAAGAUGACAGCGCCCUGCACGACUACUCCGAUAUUUUCUGAUGAUACAGUAUUUGGGAAGACCAACACGGAUGUUGCAUAAAUUCCGUGUUAAAACUGAGUCAAGUGCAGCAUCAUGUAGGAUGCACUUAAAAGUAAUCAUAAAAAAGAAUAUACCCUCUUAUUCGGGGAAAAUGAGGAAUAUACCCUCACCGUUUUUAAACACACCCUCCUCCACUUAUAUAUGAGUUGGUUAAUUCAUUUUAGUGAACUAUCCAACGUCAUAUAUAAAUGAAAGGAGUGAAUGCAUGACAUGGACUUUUGAAAA